GCGUUCUAGAGCGCUCCUGGCCCCAGUCUGCGGGGGAAGGGGGAUAGGGCGACUGACCGCCGUCCCACCUGCGUCGCAACCCACCCGGCCCGACCCAUCUGCGGGCGCCCGUCCGCCACCUCCCAGGGGACCCGAUGGCCUCGGAGGGUCUGGCCCGGGCGCUGGCGGCGGUGUUGGGGGGCCAGGCGCUGCCUGUGCACAGCUGUGACUCGGAGCCGGCCGAGGAGCCGCCAGCGCUGGUGCGGCUGCGGAAGAACGUCUGCUACGUGGUGCUGGCAGUAUUCCUCAACGAGCAGGAUGAGGUGCUACUGAUCCAGGAGGCCAAGAAAGAGUGCCGUGGGUCCUGGUACCUACCCGCGGGGAGAAUGGAACCUGGGGAGACCAUCGUUGAGGCACUGCAGCGGGAGGUGAAGGAGGAGGCUGGGCUGCACUGUGAGCCUCUGACAUUGCUGUCUGUGGAGGAGCGGGGCCCCUCCUGGAUUCGCUUUGUGUUCCUCGCUCGAGCCACAGGUGGAAUUCUCAAGACUCCCAAGGAGGCAGAUGCGGAGUCCCUGCAGGCUGGCUGGUACCCAAGGACCUCCCUGCCCACUCUGCUGCGAGCCCAGGACAUUCUGCACCUGGUGGAGCUAGCUGCCCAGUACCGCCAGCAAGCCAGGCACCCUCUUAUUCUGCCCCAGGAGCUUCCCUGCAGUCUGGUCUGCCAGCGGCUCGUGGCCACCUUUACCAGUGUCCAGACAGUGUGGGUGCUGGUGGGCACAGUGGGGAUGCCUCACUUGCCCAUCACUGCCUGUGGCUUCACUCCCAUGGAGCAGAGGGGUGGCAUCAAGAUGGCCGUCCUGCGGCUGCUACAGGAGUGUCUGACCCUUCACCACUUGGCGGUGGAGACCAAGGGGUUGCUUGGACUGCAGCACCUGGGCAAAGACCAUGCAGAUGGCAUCUGCUUGAAUGUGCUGGUGACUGUGGCUUUUCGGAACCCAGGCCUGUGGACGUUGAGGUAAUGCAGGAGGGGGUGCUGCACCUGGGCCAGAACCUUGCUGAAGAACUGGAGCACCUGCUGUCGCAUGCCUGGGGGGUACUGAGGGCCAAGGAGCAGAGUGCCCAUCAGAAAUGAAGCCAUGCCCAUCGCCUGGAAUGCUCCUCCCCAUGGGCCACAACACAGUCCUUCCUUCUGUCACUGCUCAGAGGACACGUUUACUGCAAGCCUCCUCCCUUCACGACAGGCAUACCUUAGAGAUACUGCAGGUUUGCUUCCAGAGCACCGCAAUCAAGUGAAUAUUGCAAUAGGUGAAUAUCACGAUAAAGCAAGUCAAAUUAAUCUUUUGGUUUCCCAGUGAACAUAAAAGCUGUGUCUACACUAUAUAUAGUCUAUUAAGUGUGAAACUGCAUUAUAUCUAAAAAGCAACGUACAUGAUCUUAACUUAAAAAUACUCUAUUGCUAAAAAAUGCUAACCAUUAUCUGAGCUUCCAGCAAGCCAUAAUCUUUUUGCUAGUGGAGGGUCUUGCCCCAGUGUUGGUAGCUGCUGACUGACCAGGGUGUGGCUGAAGGUUGGGGUGGCUGUGGCAAUUUCUGAAAAUAAGAUGACAAUGGAGUUCACCAUGUUGAUGGAGUCUUCGGAUUUCUCUGCAUCCCGAGAUGCUGUAUGAUAGCAUUUUACUGACAGCAAAACUUUCAAAAUUGGAGUCUGUCCUCUCAAGUCCUGCCGCUGCUCUAUCGACUGAGUUUAUGUCAUGCUCUGACCC